AGGCAAAUCUGGUAACUCAAUAUUUUGUAAUUUAAAAUGUUUCCAAAAUCGACAACAUUUUUCUCGAUUUCGGAAACAAUGUUGUCGAUUUUGAAAACAUUUCCUGAGCAAUUCUCUACGAAAUCAGCCGAUUUCGACGAUUUUUAUUUUUUGUAUUUUUUUUUAUUUGGCUCAAACUUUGUUGGGGUCUUCCCUAUGAUCAGAGAAGCUAUUUUAUGUCAUUGGUUCACCCAUACAAAUUUGACUGCUGUCCAUACAAAAAAGAUACGUAUUCAAACAUCUGUGACUUUUGAGUGAAUUUUCUGAUCAAUUUGGUGUCUUGGGCAAAGUUGUAGGUAUUGUUGAGGACUAUUGAGAAAAAAUAGGUACACGGAAAACAAAUUGGUCGACUUCACACAUGAGGUCUGCACAGCUGAUUCCACGUAGAUUUUUCCCGCCAGUAAUGACAGGAAACGUUGACAAACGGAAUAUGUGCCAAAAUCAUAAGUGGUUUUUAACAUAUGAAGGGAAAUCAUCGUGAACUGGAACUGCCGGUCGUUAGCCCGGGUAAAGUGGAAACGUUGAGAUGAUUGUUGUCCUCUGCUCUCAUCUCGCAAAAAGCCAUACAGAGAACCACGUCCCAUUCAACCGGCUCCGUGGCUUAAUGGUUACGGCUUCUGUCUCCCAAGCAGAAGGUUCAGGGAUCAAAUCCCGGUCGGUACCUUUGAAAUUUGGAAUCAGGAAUUUGAAUAUGAAUAAAAACUAAAAUGAAUCAGGUGGGAUUCGAACUCACACCUUUGGAUUGGUGGUGGUCUGGAACGCUAAGCAGUCGGCCAUCAGAAGGUUUACACUCUAGCAGUGAAUUGAUCCGUAGUGUUGAAACAUGUUAUCUCUUCUUCUUAUAUUAUUAAAUACGCGCUGAUCCCUGAUUUGCCUGAGGGGAUUGGAAGUCUAAAUAUAGAUCGAGUUUCCUUCAGAUGCUUGCUUCUAUGUUUAGGCGGGGCCGAACAAUGCCCAGCGACCUCGGAAUUGGACCGCAAGGAGCUCUGUCAUUCUGAAAUGGGUCGUUGGAAGCAGCGUGAGGGCUAUCACCACCUAAUACCCGGGACUGAGAUAAGCUGUAUCAGCAUUCGGCAUAUACAAAGUCUGAUACAAACUAUACUUUCCCAUAAUUUCGCUACCGGUUAGCGGGUAUUGGAUUGGACCACACACACACACACACGGAAAACAAAUUGGUCGACUUUCAAAUUAACUUUUUUUUUCACAGAAACUCAAUUUUAUUUCACAUUUUUUUUUAUUUUUGAGAUUUUUUAUAUGUUGAAGGAGACAAAAACCCGCACCUUUUGAGCCAUAGUGAAGUAAGGUCAAAAAAUCUGUCGUCAUGUUAGGCCGAUGCAAAUAUUUUUAAAAGUUUUUAUCCCUCGGCUCUGGCCGGAGUCGAGGGGGGGGGGGGGCAAAAAAAUAAAAAAAUAUUAAUAUUAAAAAAACAUGCCAUAGUUUCAACAUUUGCAUGGAAAAAGUGUUUUAAAAUGUAUUUUACACUAGCUCAGUUGUUUUGCAAUAAAAGUUAUCAAAAAUUUAAAAUUUGACGAAAACAAAAAUUUUAGCGAUAGUAGACAUCGAAAAUUUUCAAAAAUUCAAAAGAUUUUUAAAUCAACCCAAACAUGCUAAAAAUGAUUCUAAACGCAGGGGAUUUCAUUUUAAAUUGAUUUUAACUAAUUACACUUGAAUUUUCAUAAAAAUAUUGAAGUUUUUGGAAAAAAAAAUUUUUGCCCCCCGAUUUUGCGGUCCAACUUAGAAUUAAAAUAAAAAAAAAGAUUUGUACCAGCCUUAUGAUUUUUUGAAAAAUUUUGAUUUUUGGAGAAAAUCAAAAUUCCAUGCAAAAACAUUUUUUUUAAAUUGAAAUUGAAUUUGAAGUCGAAAAGUACUUCACAGAUUUUUUGAUAUAGGGGCCCUGUAGUCAUGAUAUUAUUUAGAAUAUAAUUUAAAUUUCAAAAAAUCAAACUAUUUUAAUUGCGUUUUAAUAUGUUAAAUUCUAUGUAUGUUAUGUUUUUCAUAAUAUUUGGAAAAUUAAUAGCAAUAAAAUAUAUAUUAUUAUCAAAAAAAAAUGAUUUCAGAUUAUUUCAUAUUAAAAAAAAGUCCAACAUUGUUAAAAAUUGUUAUGGAAAAUUCAUUUUUAAUUUUGUAUUAAAAUUUCAAUCACAUUUUCUAAAUAUUGAUUCACUUUUAAAUUUAAUAGUUAAAACAUUCGCAAAAGAACCCAAUUAUCAACGUUGGUACUCUUAAAAAAAUUUCUCAAUUUAGGUUAACUCCAUGCAUUAAACUAUUAAUUUGCAUGAAAGAUGCUGUGGAUUCGAGGGAAACCUUAAAAAAUAGCAGAAAUUUUGUUACAUAAAACUUGAAAGGAUCUCUUGAAUUGAUUAGUAUUUUCAGUAUAAAUUCAUCCAACAAAUGAUCAAAUUUUAUUUAAACAUUAGGAUCGAGCUGAUUAUUGUUUCACUAGUUAGUUUGAGUUCUCGAGUGGCCCCAGUGUUGAUUUUUUUCAAAAGAUAUCACGCUCAACUUCUUUUUUAAAAAAAUACUAUCAUAUUUUGGGUGCAAUCUGGUUUCUUUAAAUUUUCUGUGUACUAUACAGCCGGUUAAUAGCAUUAACCAAAUUUCAGUGAAAAAAAGAAUAGUUACAUACCUUAUGUAUUAAGUUUAUUUUUUGCAAAAAUAAUACUCAUCUCAUCAUUUUGGUUCAGAAUUCAUGAUUUGGCGACUUACCUGAAAGGAGAAGAAAAUGUUUAUUAAUUUAGUUGGUUUCAACAUUUUAGCUGAAUUUAAGUUUAGACAAACAUAAAUGAUAUCCAAAUUGUCAAAUAUAAUCUUAUAUCUCAAGGUUGUAUAUAAACAGGUACACUAACGCUCAUGGCUUGUGCUUUUUCAUUUCAGAAUUAAAAAUUUACAAGUCAUGUCUGUCAUUUGAACAAAACCCAUCCCAAAGUGCUUCCCAGAUUGAGUUACCAAAUUCAACCCCGAAAAAAAAAAUGGAAACCAAACCUCACCCUUCAAACCUGACUCAUCCCUCUUUAAUCCAACAAAAGCAGGAAGCCCCACUCUUCCAAUUAACUCUGACAUUUCCGGUGGCCACCGGUCCAAACCUUCAUCAAAUCCAGUCCAAAACCCUAACCCAGCAGCCGGCAACCCAAGCGAUGACCUAUCUCAACAUUCCAAACAUUUGCCCCACGAGCCCGCACUGCCGUCGUCUUGAACUCUUGGACGACCCUUUCGCAACGAUUCUCCGUCGGAGCAGCAGUCAGGUUCCCAAGCCACGGGGUCAACCCAAGACUCACUUUCAACCGCCGCGAAGAUCGGCAGCAGCUCAGCGCUCAGCUGCGGGGACUUUCUCUCACGCUCUGGGAGAAAUUUUGCGGCGCGGAGAAAGAGCGCCAUAGAUCUCUCCGCGUGGUCUGUGGGGGUUGCUUUGGGGGUUUGCCUUUGCGAGAUCUUGGAAAUUUGGCCGCACACCAAGCGAUCAGUCUGGCCGUGGCCACCGAGAUGUGCGAGUUGUGAAGUUGAUCUUUUUGGAAAUUUUGGUUGUUUGUUUUCCUUUUUUUUGGUGCGAGAUUGCGCGGGAGGUGAUCUUGACUUGAAACGAUUCUUGGGAUUCGUUUUGAACGCGUGAGAGAUUGCUGAAGGAUGGAAAAAGGACUCGUCUACCUGCGUUCUGGCUGGACCUGAAGGGUUUCCAAGGGCGCUGAAGAAGAAGAACCGGUGAUCCUGAUUCGGUGAAGAAGGGAUAGUGCCGGUUGACUGCAGGUUGGCUUUGUUGCGUGAUGGGAUAUUGAAGGAACGUCAAAGAAUACAACACAGAGGAAAAGAGUUUGGUCCAUUUAUGUGAUUUUUGGGAAGAGAAAAAAGAACCCAAAUCAAAGAAGAAGAAGGAACCCAAAAAAGGUGAUUCUUUUGAACAACGUAGAAAUAGAUUACUAUGCACUGAUAUCAUAGUACCUUCAUCUAUGCUCGUAUGCUCGAUCUUCUUCAAAACGUUCUGUCUGUGUGUCCGCGCGUUCUUCCCAAAAGUGUCUGUGUGUGGAAAAAAUGGAUGCUGGCGGAGGUGGUCCGAGGUUCGGUAGCAUCCGUGCCCUUCAGUUAAGGUCCAGAACUGGCGAGGUGUGCUCCGACCUGGCCCGCGAGAUGUCGAUCGUGAAGUCGUGAGAUCCCACAGUGUUGAGUGUGCUCAAGUGACCAAAUCCGUGUGAAACCCCUUACCUCAAGAUUACGCCAAAAAGUCGGUAGUCCUUAAGAAGUGCAGUGAAAGUCCGCCCAGCAAAAAGUUGAAAGUGAAUUACCUAACCUCAAAAUCGCAACCAAAAAAAAAAAGAAGAAGUUAUCGCGCACCCUCAAGGAUAAACCCCAACCCAUUUUUUUGCUGUUCCAACUCGCCAUUUGUGUUGUUCUUCGACCGAGAGAGUCCGGACGACGGCGACGACGGGCUUCGGCGACCGUCAACCGUUUGGAGAAAAUCGUAAAAAUGAAGAACGUUUGGCGAAUUUUCCUGCUGCUGAUGAUACUGAAUGAUUUGAGUUUAAUUAGUUCCGAGCCGCAGUAUCAGCAGCAGCAACCACAACCACAAGUCGGCAACUACAACAAUAACAACAACAACAAUAAUGUCAACAACAAUAACAUCCAGAACAACAACAACAACAACAUACCAUCGGGGAGUGGUCAGCCAUACCAGCAGUACCGACAACCUCCACCCCCUCCAACGACCGCAGCGCCAUCCUUCUUUCAGCGGCUGUCAAAUUGGUUCUACUUCUUCGGCGAUGACAGCAGCGACCGGCGACCUCCUCCGCCGAGAAGGGCUCCGCCACCACCUCCGCCGCCUCCUCAGAAUCCUCCGCUGCAGCAACCGCAGCAAAACUUCCCCAAUCAACCGGUUCAGAACGGGUUCCAGAACCAACCGGUUCAGAACGGGUUUCAGAAUCAACCGGUGCAGAAUGGCUUUCCGAAUCAACCGGUUCAGAAUCAACAGCCUAACUUCCAGAACCAACCACAACAGAACUUCCCCAAUCAGCUGCAGCAAAACAACUUCCAGAAUCAGCAACCGGUCGCACAGAACCAACAGUUUAACCAGGUUCCCAAUGGUCAGUUCCAGAAUGGAAGUAGACCUCCCCAGCUAAACACCAACUACGGAACUCCAGGCUUUAACAGUCCGCAACCGAACGGAGGCUUUCAACCGAUAAUAGCCAACAACUACCAAGGAAGCGGGAGUAGUUUCCAUCCGGUGACGAACACAUUCCAGGUUGGCAACAACCAAAACAAUCACAUCAACAACGUUCAACCGCAACCCCAGAAUCACUUGGUACCCUCAACGUUGCAGCAGCAGAUCGUUGGAUCCCAGCAGGAUCCUCGAAUACUGAAACCUUCCCAACCCGUGCAGCAGAACUCGAACCAGUUCCGAGAUCCGGAACCCACGACACCACCCCCAAACGGAGGUCCAAACGUCUACCGUGACCCAGAGUUCGACUUUCAUCCCUGCAACAAUGUGCCAUGGGUUCCGAUUGCUCCACCACCGGAUCAGUUUCCCCCAGUAACGCAGGUACCACCGAACGUAAUACCGCGUAACACGGUGCAGCCACCGAUCAAGCUUGAGGUGCGACCCAAGGGUCACGUCCAUUCGGUGUCUCCCUAUCCUCCGGGAGCUGCUUCGAACCCCGAACCGUCAAUCAUAACGGCGGCACCGCCAGUGCAAAAUCAACAGUUGAUUCAGUUACAGCUGCAGCAACAGCAACAGCAGCUGCAGAAUCUCCAGCUGCAACAGUUACAGUUCCAGCAGCAGCAACUCCAGCAACAGCUCGCCCAGCUAAAGGUCAGUACACCAACCCCACAACCAUCCCAUCCGCCUCCGGUCCAGUCAGCAGCCCCGACAAUAGCUCACUUUGUUACCCGUAAACCUGACCCACCCAACACGGCAGCCCCGAUUACCUUCCGCCAAGUAUCAGCCUCGUACUUUACCAACAAAGACUACAACCCACCGGCCAAGAUCCUUCCGAUUCAGAACGAGGGCAGUCCAAACGCCCCAAUCUCCCUUCCGAACCUCAGUGCCACUCCGGUUCCACCGCUAUACACUGCAACCUCCUUCCACACCGAUCCAUACAAGUUCUACCGACCGUACAAACCACGAGAUAACCUGGCGGAACUCGGCUACGGCUAUCCGCAAUCCCUCAAACCCAUGUCCGACAGCUACACCCGUUACAAUUCCCCCGGCGGGAACUCCCGUUCCAACAAUUCAAUCUUCGACGUUGAACAGGUUGCCUCGUCGUCCUCGCAAGUCUACACCACGGUAGCGUACUCCAACGAGGACUCCAAGCCGGCCGCGUCCGAGCUACGGAACGUCACCCUGAACCAGUCCAAUCAACUGCUCGGCAAUGCCGGCAGCGAUGAGGACUACGCAUCCGAAGAGGAACCGGAAGAGGAUGAAGAUGACGACCGUGGAAUAUCCGGCGUUACGGUCACGUUCCCGGUGGAGGUAACUAGUGUCGUUCCGAAAACGCGUUACUAUUCUUCUAGAACGACUACGAGCACCACGACGGAAAAGCCGCCCACAACAUUUCAAUCUUCACUACCUCCGCCAACAGAUCCCUACGACGAUAACGACGGAACAGAGCUAGGUAAUGGGGUACAGAUUAUCUACUCCGCUAGCUUGCAAACGAACGCCCCACCGAUUAGACCAUACGGCAGAAGAAAUCCGGAUGACCCGCAUCUGAUCCAUCCGGAAGUUAACCCACCCAUCAGUCACUUCAACAAUCUGCUCAGCGAAGAGGAAGACUCCGUUGCGAGAGAGACGGUCCCGAUCGCCGUUUCUACUCGUGCUCCUCCUACGCGACCCGUUUCGUACCUGACCACGUUCAAAGUAGGAACACACUAUCCUACAACCUUCCAGCGGUACGCCACCGAAGAACCCGUCGCAGAGCAUACGACCCCUAUUCCAAUUACGGUAACGACGGCUGCUCCCACGACGGUAUUGCGAUCUUCCUCGAUGACCGCCGCCAUCGGUGGCUACAAGAACUUUGCUCCCUCUACCAAGAAACCCAAACAGAUCCAGAUCAUCAUUCCGUACAGUACCUACAAGAAACCGGAACCAUUCCGACCGAAAGACGCCGAAGAGAUCGAUCACUCCCCGGAGGAGUCCAACCAGGUGAUCUCAACGAGCGUAUCCACAACCACGCUUCCUCCACCAAAGUCACGCUUCGUAACACGCGAAUCGAUGAAAUACUUCCACUCUACCUCCAACAUCAAGGACAUCCUACGGAAGGAAACCACCCGACCGUUCUCGCGCCCACCAACGGCGAUCCCGGAAAAGCCGACCAAGAUGAAGAAGGUCGAGCCGGUGAAGGUUUCCAAGGACAGCAAACCAUUCACGCUGCGAAUCCCCAAAAUGACCCCAAUGCCACCGGUGUUCAACCUCAGCGGCUUGACAGCGGAUCACCGACUCGAGGUGCAAACCACCACGCAACCUCCACGGACGUUCCGUCCAACGAUCGUCAUGGUACACCCCUCCCGCUUCGCUCCGCACUACAUCAACAUCACCCGGGUACGACCGUACCCUACCACAAGCCACACUCACGGUCCAAAAACCACGAUCGCGCAACUCCUACGAACCACCAAAAUCUUCACCAAAUCCCCGAACGCCUACGAUGAACCGGAAUACAUCUCACGGCCCCUCCCCCCAAUCAUCUACCGGCGAACAACCUUCCCAACAACCACGACCACAACAACCACCACAACCGAAAGGCCGGAAACCACCCCAGUCCCGAUCUACGAGCGCAACGAGUGGGACAUCGACCCGCUGCUGCUGCAGCGUCGCAUCGACACCUGGACGGAGCAGCAGUUCGCCAGCGACGACUACAUCCGCAAGUCCAGCACGAUUCCGCUGCACCGCGUCACGAAAGCCAUCCCGCUGGAGUUCCUCACGACGACGAUGCUGCCGGCGUUGCGCAGCCGUGGGCGGGACAGCUGGCGCAACGUCAAGAUCGCCAUCUCGCCGCACACCAAGGAAAAGGUGUACGUGGUGACGCCGCAGCCCUGGCAGGCGUCGCAGGCGGUGCACAAGCGCGAGUUCCGGCCGGCGAUAGCGGUGUCGACGGCGACGGUCGCAGCCGGGCGGUUCUCGAUCCGGCCGACGCCGCUGUACCAGCUGCGGGGGGGCACCCGGCAGCCGACGGUGGAUGUUUCACCGGAAUCAGUGAACGAUCUGGUGGAACACAAGUCGCGGCACCGGGUGGCCAGCGGGAACCACGCCGGCGGCAGCGGCUUCACGACGGUUCCGCUGAGCGCGGUGACCAAGCUGAAGCAGCGCAAGUACGUCCGGAAGAAAACCUUCAACAGCAUCCCCCUGCACAGGUCCUCGUCCAGCAGCAGCAGUGAUGAGUCGGUGUGACACUUCCCCCUUAACAAAGUUUCCCGUUUCCCCUUAAGUUGAGUGAAAUCAGGAGCAAUCCGAGCAGCCAAAGCCACGAGCGAAUAGCGAAUGAUGUAGUUUAAAGGAAAAAAAAAACUAGGGAUAUUGCUAGGGCUAGCAGCUAGGUCAUUACCCGUAAUAGGCUACAAUUAGGAGUCAAAUUAUGGUUUUAAUUAGGAGAAGACCGUCGGGUCACAGAGGAAAAGAUGGGAAACUUGAAGUUUGCAGAAAAAAAUGUUAGUUCUCGGAAUGACCGCUGCAUUCCAAGUGGCGCUUUUCCUUCGAACUGUCAAAAUAUCAGCGCCAUUAAGAGUUCGGUGGUGAUUCCGAGAACUAACAUUGAUUUCGGUUUCAAAACGACAAAAUUUUCGUCUUUUUCUCUGUGGCCAGAAAAACGGCGGAAGAUUUGGCUCUCUUUUCUGCGGAGACCAACGCGUUUACGGCGGGGGGUGUGGCACGAUGUGAAUCGUGAAUCUUGCGGUUUUAUGGGUCGAUGAAAAUGAUGCAAUAUAAUAAACAAACAAGUAUUAGCCGUGUAGCAAGCGAAUGAGCCCGGAUAUGGCCCCCGGCUGGAAGGUAAAUUAGUUUGUGUAUUUAUUUUAAUUGUAAAAAUGACUCGCGGUUUAAGGUAAGGGAGGAGCAGGAUAAAGGGAAAAGGUAAGGUGUGGUGGAUGAAUGAAAUUUUUUGAGAGAAAAAUUUA